AUCUUCUCUGAGGGCGUUGUCCGUACGCACAGGUGCGGGCGAGGUGGGAAUACAAUGCUCCAUAAUAUCAUCCAGUAGCAGUGCAAGUUUCAACGAACCGCGUCCAAGAACAGACAGCAAGGAAGACGGUGCAGCGGGAAACUCGCACGUUACCAGGAACGUCUCACGCUUUCUGCCCUUCUUGAACACGUACAGCGCGUUAACCUGGGCGCUCAGUUAAUCAGACAGUAGCAGCCUGGCGCGACGGAUGGCAAACCAGAGAUGAUUUGUAACUCGCGCACAAUUUCACUAGCUCUGCUCUGACAAAUAUUUCCCCUUGUGUAUUCUCUUCGACUGUUCCAUAGGAGGCUUGUGACUGUGAGACGUGUUCCACUGUGCCACGGGCAAAUUACGUAGAGAUAACGGGAAUACUUGAGGGAUUGUAUACUUUUGGGUUGUGGCACACAGACAGCGUAUGUUGGACGAUGGAGAUCGCGACUUCGAGGAAACUUGGUACCUUGCUGUCACUGACAUUUCUAUGGAUAUUUCCAGGAGACGCACUGAUGGUGAUACCGCGCAAUCGCAUCGAGGUCAUAAAUGGUCAAAUGGUGGUUCUACAGGCCUGGUAUAGCCCCACGUCCGACAUCAACAGGAACACGGUCAUCUGGAACAUGGUGGGAAAUUCUUCCACGCUGGUCAUUUCCAACACGGCGGGCGUGCCGAGUCACGGUAGCCCCCAGUUCAUUGGGCGGGUGGGGUUCACUCAGACCAUGCCCAACUCCAACGUGUCCAUCUUCAUCAACGACACGAGGGAGUCCGACUCGGGGCUGUACGUCUGCCAGGUCAUCAUCCCAGGAAGCACGGCCCUCAUGGGGGGGGUCACGCUCGACGUAAAAGUUCCUCCAUCACCACCAGUGUGUAAAAUGGUGGGAAAGCCUGUGCUGAAGGGGAAUGUUACCUUGAGCUGCAAAUCCGAAGCUGGCAAACCGGUCCCACUGUACCGGUGGACCAAGACCUCCCCAGUGUCUGAGGUCUUCUUCGCUCCUAUGCAGAAUGAGAACCUGGGCACACUCAAACUGAGCAAUCUGACCAAGAACAUGUCGGGGAAAUACGUGUGCAAAGCAAGCAACACCGCAGGCUCAGAGACCUGUUACAUUAAUCUUGAGAUCAACACCUCCUCCAGUGCAGGGGUGAUCGCCGGGGCGACGGUGGGCUCAGUACUGGUGUUUCUCGCCCUCCUCCUCAUCCUCAUCUUCUUUCUCAAGAGAAGGAAGGACAGUGAGGACGACAUAGCCAAUGACAUCAAGGAGGACGCUCAGGCUCCCAAGCGCGUGUCGUGGGCCAAGAGCGGCACGGGCUCUGACAUCAUCUCCAAAAACGGCACCCUGUCUUCCAUCGUCACCAACCCCCACCCACGGGACCACCUCUACCCCCACCACCCGGCCUCCGACACCGCCUCCAUCAUCACCGCCACGGGCAGCACCAUGGGGUACCGGCCACGCCCGGGGGGAGAGGCCAACCCUCUGCAGGGCCUGCCGGGCUACAACCCCAGCGCCAGCCUUCCCCGCGGCCCCCCAGGGCCCCCCAGCAUCAACGGCAGCUCCCUGCACAGACCUGAUCAGGCCCAUCCCCAGGCCCCGAGACCACCCCUGGUGCCCACCAACGUCACCUCCGCCAACAUCGCCCGCAUGGGCGGAGUGCCCAUAAUGGUGCCCGCCCAAAACCAGGCCGGCUCUCUGGUGUAGCGUGGCGGCUGGCUCGGGCUCAUGCCCUGUAAACUAUUGUACAGAUUCUAAAAAAUAAAAAAAAAUACACAGUACAAUGCUUCGAUUGAAUUGAAUUAGUGAUGAGGAAAAAUGUGUUUUUGAUUUUGGAAAUAACUGGUUGUUUGCUCUUAAGGUGUAUCGGUGAAACAUACAGUGCAGAUGUGUCACAUGAUGUAAUUUAAUUCAUUUAAGUGUACAAUGAAUUCACUGAGUUUUAUAUUUAGUUUUUUGGUAACACUUUGGUAAUAGUUUUGGUUAGUUGCAGCUUUACCUGUACAGUUAAACUGUAACUAAUUUGCUAACGUUACUGGUCAUUACUGAGUCACUCCAACGUAGGUAACAUGGAACAAGCAGUAUUGUUAAAUGUGCAUAUGAAACAAUGCCAGCCCUGUCACAUCGCUCCUUCUAAAAUGAAAUCAUUCCCUAUCAUGAUGGCACAUUGAGAAACUAAGAGGUUAGGUUUAUUUCUUAUGUGUCAUGAAGAUAUGACCUGAGAGUGUAAAUACGACAUUUUAAAAUAUUGUAUUGUACUUAAGUGUGUGUUAUUAAGAAUACGACUUGCUAACUGUUGCUCCAUGUUACCUUGGUUGGAGUUGCUCGAUAAUAACUUCUUGUUACCAAAUUAGAUACCAUUUAACUACCCAGGUGGAGCUGAAACUCAAUGUAAAGUGUUACCGUUUUUUAUAUUCAUGGUAUAUUCAGAUAUGUACAGAUAUAAUUGUAAUGCUUUACUGCAGGAUGUUUUUUUAUUACUUUGUAUUCUUUAAAGCUGAAUUUCAUUUAUUUCACUUAAGGAACAAUGCCUUUCCUUACUGUCAGCGGUAGCAUGUUUCACAGACAAUUACACAACAGGAAAAAUGGUGCAGUGGCUUUGCAUGGUACUGUUAACAGUGGCCUGAUUUCAUUUUGAUUUGGAUGUUACAUUUCAGAUUUUAUUUUAUUUUAAAUAGAGACAACCCAUACAGCACAAGACAUUAUUUUGUUCAUUGAAAUGUACUGCUUGUAUCAACACUGGAAACUGUGCCACGCAGAAUUGAGAUCACAUGUGUGCUUUAGAGUCCAAGAUCAGCAGACACACAUGUAAAAUCAAUUCAUAUGAGCUGAGUGACACCAGGAUGAAUCUGGAGCAGCUAUGUUAUAAUACACAAUUUGUUAUGUUUCCUUGUAAACCAAACUACAUUUAUGUCAUUAGAAUGCAGAAGAAUCUGACUGAGAUCAGAUUGCAAAUGUCGAGUUCAUUUUUGUAAAUAGUUAUUUUUCAAAUUCUUUAGUUAGACCCAGAGAAGUUCAAAUGGGGACAGAAUCAUUAUAUAGGUUGUCUUACAGAAGUUAGAAGACCAAUAAAGUGCCAUUUGUUUGCCUUUAUGAACACUGGCCAAAUUAUCUGACUGCAUUAAAAUACUAGUCAGAGAACUGUUUUUUUAAGCAACACUGUUUCAUUACAUUCCAUGUGAUUUUUGGGAAGUCAUCGCUUUCAUUCAUCGGUUAUCAAUAACGAUAGUGUUUUAUGGCCUUUGUUGCUGAUUUGAUAUAAUUAUUGAGGAGCAAAAAUAAUAACUUAUCAUUAAUAAUCUGCGUGACUUUUUUUAUUUAAUGGGAAUGAGUAUCUGUUUCUCCUAUGUACAUUAAUACCAUAAACCUAGUUUGUAUGUGAACUGAAGAUUGUUAAUGUAGAACAAAUAUGGGUUACAAAACCAAAGAGAUUGUUUCUUUCUAUUAUCAGCUACAGAUUAGGAUGUUGUUACAAUGCUAACCCAACUGCUUAAAAUGACUAGUGUUGACAGAACUUAAUUGACUUAUUGGAGUAAUGUUAGUUCUAUCCAAAAUUCAAACUGCUACAGGUCCCAUUAUACAUUAAGUGCUCCUAAUAAGUCAUGUCUGACUACACUUUCUUGUUAUGCAUUUGUUCAUACAUAAGUAGUUGGCUGGGGCAUAUUUGUCACAGCACAAGCUUCAGAUAGGUAUAAAACAUGAUAUAAUGUAACUGUAUGUAAUUACAGUAAUUCCUUUGUGGAUGAAAUUUAAUUUAAUCAGGCCUUAUGUUUUUUGUUUGUUUACAUAUAUAGAUAACUGAGAAAGCAAGAUACCAGUUUUUUAAAACACAGUAUAUAUUUAUUUUUCUCACUUUGAAAGCCUGAGCUACUUUCAUUCAGUGCAAUAUUGUUUAAAUAGAAAUGUAAUUUGGAGCACCAUCAGGUCAAUAAAUAGUUCGGCUUGUGGGGUUUCCUAAUUUUUUGUGUUAAGCUGUAAGAUUAAAAUUAAUCUGGACUCUUACAUUUGUUUUACAUUUUUAUAUAUUUUUUGGAAAAUCAGGAAUGGUCAAAACACUGAUAUAUUUUCACACAACAUAAUAGAGAAUUGUCCAGGCCCAGACUUCCUUGAAAAGCAGUGAUUCAGUACAAUCACCAUGUUGUAUAGAUUUUUAAAAAAAGCAACCAGACAAAAAGAGUUUUGCCACUGAGCUUAUGCCAGAAGAAAAUAAUCUGUGUAACCUAGUUUCAUCAGCAAAUUGGUACAAAUUCUUUUGAGAACAUUUAUUAUUUUGCUUUCUUGUUGACAAUUGCUUUGGCACAAAAUGCUAAUGUGUGUUCUAUAACAAAAGAGGAGUUGUGGGAAAAGAGUUCUUUUCAUUGUUAUUCACUUGGGUAGAUUGCAGCAGUUUUUCAUAUGAUAUUAGCAUGAAAUAUAUAUUGACAUAUAUAUCUAUUUCAUUCUUGAUCUGACAUUCCCUUAAAAUGCUAUAAAAUUGUAUUUCAGCUUACAUCCCUAGAUAUGAUGAAAAUCUAUAAAUACAUGACAGUAGUAAUUGAUGUAUAUAAUUAUUGCUGCUGAAAAUAUGUUCAUGUGCACUGUUCUGAGAUUUUUUAACUUUUAUGUAUAUGGCUUUAAAAAGCUUCAGUUAUACCUUGUACCAAUAUUUUAAUAAAAAAUUCUAUUUCAAAAUGCC